UGUCAUCGGUCCAGCUGAGGGUAAGAGAGAGAGAGUACGGUGGAACGGGAAUAGAAGUUUGAGCAGACUAAGGAAACUUUGACGGCAGACCCGACAUUAUCCAACUUGUGAAUUAUUUGUAGGCUAAAGCCUGUGUAUUGUACCUUUUGUUAAUCGGUGAAUAAAUAGGCUGUACAAUCCUUGGCAGUGUUCUGAGACUGUACAGCUGCCAACUGCUUCUGAAGGACAACUUGUUUAUGAAAUGGACUGUGCGUAAAGAGCAAUUACAUUUUCUCUUAUUGACUUUCAAUACGUUUCACUGUGUGCGUCUUAUGUUGCUUUAAAAUUGUUGAGAAAGUGGACUGAGUCGGACUUUCGGGGAAAUUGUUACUAAACUUUGCAAAAGAAAACAUGACUGCCGAUAAGGACAAGAAAAGGAACAGUUCGGAGCGGCGUAAGGAGAGGUCUCGUGAUGCGGCACGCUGUCGUCGUAGUAAGGAGACGGAGGUGUUUUACGAGCUGGCCAAUCAGCUGCCCUCCCACAGCGUCAGCUCCCACCUGGACAAAGCCUCCAUCAUGAGACUGGCCAUCAGCUUCCUGCGCACCCGCAAGGUCAUCGGUUCAGGCUGCCCCAACAGUGCAGAGGCAGAGGAGGACAGACAGAUGGACUGUAUGUAUUUGAAGUCACUGGAGGGGUUCGUCACUGUGGUUACAUCGGAUGGCGACAUGAUCUUCCUCUCAGAAAACGUCAACAAGUUAAUGGGCUUAACACAGGUGGAGUUGACCGGACAAAGCAUCUUUGACUUCACCCACCCCUGCGACCACGACGAGAUUCGCGAGAACCUCAAUCUGAAAACCGGUACUGGGACAAAGGGGAAAGCCUUCAGCACUGAGAGAGACUUCUUCAUGAGGAUGAAGUGCACAGUGACAAACCGUGGACGCACUGUCAACCUGAAAUCAGCCAGCUGGAAGGUUCUGCACUGCACGGGCCACCUCAAGGUGUACAACAGCUGCGCCCCUCAUGGGCUGUGUGUCAAGGAGCCUCCUCUCACCUGCCUGCUGAUGAUGUGUGAGCCCAUCCCCCACCCCUCCAACAUCGACACACCCCUGGACAGCAAGACCUUCCUGAGCCGUCACAGCAUGGAUAUGAAGUUCACCUACUGUGACGACAGAGUCACUGAGCUGAUGGGCUACAGUCCUGAAGACCUGCUGGGCUGCUCUGUCUAUGAGUUGUACCACGCCCUCGAUUCUGACAGUGUCACCAAGAGCCACCAGAACCUGUGCAGUAAAGGCCAGGCAUUGAGUGGACAGUAUCGUAUGCUGGCCAAACAUGGAGGCUACGUGUGGGUGGAGACCCAGGGCACAGUCAUCUACAACAGCCGGAAUUCCCAGCCGCAGUGCAUUGUCUGUGUCAACUAUGUCCUCAGUGACGUGGAGAACAAGUCCAUGAUCUUCUCCAUGGACCAGACUGAGUCCCUGUUCAAGCCACACAACAUGAACAGCUUCUUCAGCCAGAGUGGUGCUGCGGUGGCCACAGAGCCCAUGGAGAUCCUGUUCACCAAACUGAAAGAGGACCCAGAGGACCUUGCUCAACUGGCCCCCACACCUGGAGACGCCAUCAUCACCCUCGACUUUGGAAGGCCACCAUUUGAGGAACCUCAUCCUCCUUUAUACCCCAAGAUGUCUCCCAUGCCCACCCCUCAGGGCUGGGGUAGUGAUCCCCACAAACCCUGCCCAUCAGGAGACAUGUCCAAACAAAUGGCUGCCACUUUCUCAGUACCCCAGAAGCCUACACCGGGCAGCGCCACCCCCAGCACUGCCCCCCCUAGCCUGAGCAGUUAUUCCACGCCCAGCAGCCCAGGGGAUUACUACAAUGAGAGAGAGAGUGACUUGAAGGUAGAGCUGACUGAGAAGCUCUUUGCUCUCGACACAGAGGGGCCCAAGAGCCCUGGGAGCACCCAGUCGGCCCUGAGUGAUCUGGACCUGGAGACCCUGGCACCCUACAUCCCCAUGGACGGAGAGGACUUCCAGCUCCAUCCCAUCAUUCCUGAGGAGGUGCCUGGAGGCCCAGAGGGGGCCACCGGCCCACUGGGCCACCUCACCACACAGAAUAGCUUCAGCAACAUCGCCAGCCUCUUCCAAAACCUGAGAUCCCCACAGUCUGACCACUACCAGCCCGCCAAGUGUGCCCCAGGAGACAAGAGAGGCCCCAACCACAGCCAAAUGAGGCCCAUGGACUCCAGGCCUACUCUGCCAUACACAGGCCCCACACAGAUCCCCCCCUACCACGCCCCAGCCAGCACACCUCUGUCCUCCAUGGGUGGACAUCAGAACCUGCAGUGGCCCCCAGAUCCUCCGUUAAACUCUCUACUACAGGUGAACUCCAUGGGCAGAAGCCACUCAUGUCAGAACAUGCCAGUCAACAUGAUGCACAAGCAGAGGUCAAUGGAGAACUUUGUCCAGGCCUACAGAGACAUAAGUCCCACCAGAAUCUCCAUAGCCAACAACGUCAAGCGCUCCUUCACACAAAUGGCAGUGGGUGACACCACCCUCAGUACUCCUUCAAAGAUGACGAGGAAUGAAAGCUAUGCCAUCAUGGACAGAUCUCUCAGCACCAGCUCACUGGAAGUUAAAGGUAUGUGCAUACCUGGGGGUGUUGACAAGUGUCUCAUUCCCCUUCAGCGGCACAGGAAGUCCCGGUAUCCAGGAUGUUUAAAUGGUACAUCCAGAAAAUCCUUCCCCAAACAGUGUUGCAACUACAAAGAAUACCGUAUGCUGCCCUCCUCCAAAACAGAGGGGGUUGCCAGUCGGCUGUUGGGCCCAUCCAUUGAGACCUAUUGUCUGCCAGAGCUCACCCGCUACGACUGUGAGGUCAACGUCCCUCUCCAGGGCAACCUACACCUGCUGCAGGGCAGUGACCUGCUGAGAGCCCUGGACCAGGCCACCUAGACCCAGCCCUACACCCUCUACUCUCCUACCCUACCCUGGACCAGGCCACCUAGACCCAGCCCUACACCCCUACUCCCCUACCCUACCCUGGACCAGGCCAACUAGACCCAGCCCUACACCCCCUACUCCCCUACCCUACCCUGGAUCAGGCUACCUAGACCCAGCCCUACACCCCCUACUCCCCUAGCCUACCCUGGACCAGGCCACCUAGACCCAGCCUUACACCCCCUACUUCCCUACCCUACCCUGGAUCAGGCCACCUAGACCGAGCCCUACACCCCCUACUCCACUACCGUACCCUUGACCAGGCUACCUAGACCCAGCCCUACACCCCUUACUCCCCAACCCUACCCUGGACCAGGCUACCUAGACCCAGCCCUACACCCCCUAACCCCCUACCUUCCCUUGGAUGUGGCUACCUAGACCCAGACCUAUACCCCCUCCCCAACUUUACCCUCCCCUACCCUACCUAGAUAUAUCCAUCUUCAACCCCACCCUUACCCUCCAAUAGCCUUAAACAAUACAAUUUAGACCUCUUUACAACCCUGACUGAGGCCUCAGCCAAGCCCCCACCCCUGCCCCAAAGGCCUAGCACAUUCAAGAUACAGUUUAAGACGGACGUUUACAUACAAUUAGGUUGGUCAUUAAAACUCGUUUUUCAACCACUACACAAAUUUCUUGUUAACAAACUAUAGUUUUGGCAAGUCGGUUAGGACAUCUACUUUGUACAUGACGCAAGUCAUUUUUCCAACAAUUGUUUACAGACACAUUAUUUAACUUACAAUUCACUUUAUCACAAUUCCAGUGGGUCAGAAGUUUGCAUACACUAAGUUGACUGUGCCUUUAAACAGCUUGGAAAAUUAUGUCAUGGCUUUAGAAGCUUCUGUUAAGGCUAAAUGACAUCAUUUGAGUCAAUUGGAGGUGUACCUGUGGAUGUAUUUCAAAGCCUACCUUCAAACUCAGUGCCUCUUUGCUUGACAUCAUGGGAAAAUCUAAAGAAAUCAGCCAAGACCUCAGAAUUUUUUUUUUGAAGACCUCCACAAGUCUGGUUCAUCCUUGGGAGCAAUUUCCAAGCGCCUGAAGGUACCACGUUCAUCUAUACAAACGAUAGUACGCAAGUAUAAACACCAUGGGACCACUCAGCCAUCAUACCGCUCAGGAAGGAGAUUCUGUCUUCUAGAGAUGAACAUACUUUGGUGUGAAAAGUGCAAAUCAAUCCCAGAACAACAGCAAAGGACCCUUUUAAGAUGCUGGAGGAAACAGGUACAAAAGUGUCUAUAUCCACAGUAAAACGAGUCCUAUAUUGACAUAACCUGAAAGACCGCUCAGCAAGGAAGAAGCCACUGCUCGAAAACCGCCAUAAAAAAGCCAGACUACGGUUUGCAACUGCACAUGGGGACAAAGAUCAUACUUUUGGAGAAAUGUACUCUGGUCUGAUGAAACAAAAAUAAAACUGUUUGGCCAUAAUGACCAUCGUUAUGUUUGGAGGAAAAAGGGGGACGCUUGCAAGCCAAAGAACCUCCUCCCAACCGUGAAGCAUGGAGGUGGCAGCAUCAUGUUGUGGCGGUGAUUUGCUGCAGGAGGGACUGGUUCACUUCACAAAAUAGAUGGCAUCAUGAGGCGGGAAAAGUAUGUGGAUAUAUUGAAGCAACAUCUCAAGACAUCAGUCAGGAAGUUAAAGCUUGGUCACAAAUGGGUCUUCCAAAUGGAUAAUGGCCCCAAGCAUACUUACAAACUUGUGGCAAAAUGGCUUAAGGACAACAAAGUCAAGGUAUUGGAGUGGCCAUCACAAAGCCCUGACCUCAAUCCUAUAGAAAAUGUGUGGGUAGAACUGAAAAAGCGUGUGCGAGCAAGGAUGCCUACAAUCCUGACUCAGUUACACCAGCUCUGUCAGGAGGAAUGGGCUAAAAUUCACCCAACUUAUUGUGGGAAGCCUGUGGAAGGCUACCCGAAACGUUUGACCCAAGAAAAAACAGUUUAAAAGCAAAACUACCAAAUACUAAUUGAGUGUAUAUAAACUUCUGACCCACUGGGAAUGUGAUGAAAGAAAUAUAAGCUUAAAUAAAUAAUUCUCUCUACUAUUAUUCUGACAUUUCACAUUGGUGAUCCUAAUUAACCUAAGACAGGGAAUUAAAUGUCAGGAAUUGUGAAAAACUGAGUUUAAAUGUAUUUGGCUAAGAUGUAUGUAAACUUCCGACUUCAACUGUAGUACUACUCCUCCACACCUUACCCCACCCGACCAUACCAAGCCCCAUAUGAACCUGUUCCAUCGGCUAAUCCUCCUCUUCAUCCAUCCACCCUACUGCCUCUAUGUAUCAUUAGAAAAACAUGUGUUUUCUAUUUUGUCAUCUUUAUCAUCAUAAAUUAUAUACCACAGGAGGCUGGGGAGGGGAGGACGGGUCAUAAUAAUGGCUGGAUUGGAACUCAUUAAAACACAUAGAAACCAUGUGUUUGAUGUGUCUGAUAAUUCCAUUCCAGCCAUUACCCACCAUUCUCCCCAAUUAAGGUGCCACCAGCCUCCUGUGGGAGGAGGAAUUUUUAGUUCUGAGUCUAUUUCUGUUUCAUUGAUCUCAAGGUCUAUGUUGUCCCCCCAGUUGUGUGAUCUGUAGCAGGCGGAUGUCAUACUUUUCCUCUUUCACAAUCUCUCCCCCUCUGUCCGUCUGUCUGUCUGUCUGUCUGUCUGCCUGUCCGUCCGUCCAUUUGGCGCUGUUAGAGACAAAUUAAAAAACAUAACCGUCUAAAAUCUGGAUGGUACAUUAUCUACUGUCAGCAUGAUAUCUGGGGUUUUCCUUCCUUUUCCCUUACCGUCUACCUUCCUUCAAUCCCAUUGACCUAGUCUGUCUCUCACUGCCUUUGACUGGUGUCUGUUUGCAUGUUUUUCACUGGAUAGUUACAGUGCUUGUCAGGCCAUGAAAUUGAUUGGUCAAAUCAGAGCAUGCCUUUACAUUGAGAGAAUAGUCCUACUUUUGGUGCCUUUGUUAUGGCAUUAGAGGUCAUAUCAGGAUCAGGGAGACUUUGGCCUUGAUCACAAGAGGCUGGUGAGAGAAGGACAGUGCAUAAUAAUGACUGGAAUGAAGUGAUUGGAAUGGUCGAUACCAUUCCAUUCCAUCCAUUACUAUGAGUCCAUCCUCCCCAAUUAAGGUGCUACUAGAUGCCUGUGGUCUAGAUUCAAUCAUAUCAAACGUUAACUGGCUAUAGCUGACACUAGCUCCAACAUUGCAGUAGUAUCUAACAAUUCACAAUAAUACACACAAAUACAAAGUAAAAUAAUGGAAUUAAGAAAUAUAUAAAUAUUAGGACGAGCAAUGUCAGAGUGGCUUUGACUAAAAUACAGUGGAAUUGAAUACAGUAUAUACAUAUGAAAUGAGUAAAGCAGUAUUUAAACAGUAUUCAAGUAGCCAGUGAUUCCAUGUCUAUGUAUAUAGUGCAGCAGCCUGUAAGGUGCAGGGAUGAGUAACCGGGUGGUAGCUGAUGCUUUGGUGGUGUCGGAGGGUUAACUGCGUUGGAGCUGUCAAAACAGAGUGGCUGCUGGUCAUUGUCAGGAAGACCCACCCGUCCCACUCCCGUUAGAAGUUCAGAAGAAGAAAGUGUAUUAUAUAUAGAAAUAAUGAUGCUGAAAUCAUGAGGGUUUCUAUCAUCCUAAUGGUGUAGAUUACAUCUCACAUUCCAGUGUUAGAACUUUUAAACAAAGCUGCAAGGGAGUUCUCUUAAUGUGACUCCAUGCAGCCAAUGGCAACGUCCGCUUGGGGUAUAAUGCCAGGAGCCGCUUGUGGAUUUGAUAGCUCUAAUGCAGUUCCACCUCCAACACCACCAGUACAACUGCUAUGAGGGUGUCGGCUAGCACAGAUCUGAUAGACUUUAGCCCUUAGUUUAAGAGGUGAGGCUAUCGACAUUCAGACAGUUUUUAUGGAUUCCUUCUCUUUCUUCCUGUCUCUUUCUCUUUUUUGAAGGUAUUUGUCUUUGUGUGCUAACCCCUUUACAUUUUGACUUUAGCUUUGUACACACAUAUACAGUACAUUUAAAGACAUAAGCUCGAAAGUUUCUACUAUAAUGUCAAGAUAGUGUUUUAGUGUCUUGGUACUUUGUCUUAUCUACCCGGUAGAUACAGAUUGUAUUCCUGUGUUUUAGAUGUUACUCCAUAGUGCUGGUGUCUUUUUUUGUACAAGUAUAAUGAAUUACAUGGCAGGCCAGUAGUGAUCUGUUAUUGCGCUUUAAAGAAAAAAGAAAAUUGAGAGAAAAAAAUAUGAAAGAUACACAGUACCAGUCAGAGGUUUGGACUCCCCUACUCAUUCAAGGGUUUUUCUGUAUUUUUAUUAUUUUCUACAUUGUAGAAUAACAUGAAGCAGGUUGAGAGAAUGCCAAGAGUGUGCAAAGCUCUCAUCAAGUCAAAGGACGGCUACAAGAAUUUAAAAUCUAUUUAGAUUUGUUUAACACUUUUUUGGUUAUUACAUGAUUCCAUAUGUGUUUCAGUUUUACUUGAAUGAGUAGGUGUGUCCAAACUUUUGACAGGUACUGUAUAAUUUUGAAUAUUGUAAACAAUUGAAAUUGACACAGUAAUCUCUUUCAACAGUAUCUAAAAAGGUGCUGAUGCUUUAUGUAUAGAUAUAAAGUAAUCUCUUUCAACAGUAUCUAAAAAUGUGCUGAUGCUCUAUGUAUAGAUAUAAAGUAAUCUCUUUCAACAGUAUCUAAAAAUGUGCUGAUGCUCUAUGUAUAGAUAUAAAGUCAUCUCUUUCAACAGUAUCUAAAAAGGUGCUGAUGCUUUAUGUAUAGAUAUAAAGUCAUCUCUUUCAACAGUAUCUAAAAAGGUGCUGAUGCUUUAUGUAUAGAUAUAAAGUAAUCUCUUUCAACAGUAUCUAAAAAUGUGCUGAUGCUCGAUGUAUAGAUAUAAAGUCAUCUCUUUCAACAGUAUCUAAAAAGGUGCUGAUGCUUUAUGUAUAGAUAUAAAGUCAUCUCUUUCAACAGUAUCUAAAAAGGUGAUGGUGCUUUAUAGAUAUAACCAUCUAGCAUUUGUAGAGGAAUCUUUAUAUGUUUAUUGGAUCCACUUUUAUUAACACUGUAUUUUGAUGUUGUUGUUUAUUUUUCUUGCUGACAUUGUCUUUAAAGGUGAUUUAUAGCUCCAACAGGAUUGGGAUAGUGACACAUUUGUUGUUGUUUUAGCUCUGUAAUCCAGCACUUUGGAUUUGAUAUAUUAUAUAACAUAAUGAGGUCAAAGUGCAGACUGUCAGCUUCAAUUUGAGGGUAUUUUUAUCCAUAUUGGGUGAACCAUUUAGGAAUUACAGCACUAGUUGUGCAAAGUUACAGACGCACAAAUAUCAUACACCCUCAAAAAUGAUAACCUCCCCUUUUAUUUUAAUGUGAGAGGUUAGCAUGUCUUGGAGGUAUGAGAUUUGUGCAUCUGGAACUUUCCCACUCAUCAUUAUUCACAAUGAAUUCAGGACUAUUCAUAAUCAUUGUAGCAUCCACAUUAAUGUAGAAGUGUUUAGAAACAGAUUUUAUAAUUAUUUACAAUGUGACCAAAAUGACACAGUACAUUAUUUAGCAUUAACUUCUAUUGCGCACAAAAUACUCUGAAACUCAACCAAAAUAAACUGCAAAUGCAUCCAACAAGUUUGUAGAGUCACAAGCUUGAUGUAAUCAAUGCGUACUAGGAAUAUGGGACCAAAUACUAAACUUUUGACUACUUUAAUACUGCCCUACCAAGCAAAAAGGUAGUAACUGCUCAUAGCGUGGAACUGAGAAAAAUGGCUUUUAUUUAUUUACCUUGGUUUACUUUGUGCAGUUACUGCUAACAUGACCCCCAUUUUCUCCAAAACACAAUACAAUAGAGGCAGGAUACUUGUCCACAUGAUUAAGCAUGUAUUUAAUGUAGCAAAAAUGACAUGAACUCUUUACUUGGUAGGGCACCAUACACAUAAGUGAAUUUGCCCCAAAACCUUUGGUCAAAUAAAAUGGGGGGGGACUAUGUUCAAAAAGUGCUGUAAUUCCUAAACGGUUCAACCGAUAUGGAUGAAAUACCCUCAAAUGAAAGCUGACAGUCUGCACUUUAACAUCAUAGUCAUUGUAUUAUUUUAUAAUCCAAAGUCCUGGAGUACAGAGACAGAAUAACAACAACAAAUGCACUGUCCCAAUACUUUGAGCUCACUGUAAUUUGCCUUAACAUUGCCUUAAGGUUGUCUCAAUGUUGACUCAGCCCAGUGUUAUGCCCUUCAAAUGCACAGAUUGUCUCUGUAAACAUAGACGUCCAAUAAAACCCACACUAUACAAAUCCUGAUGUUUAGCUUGGCGAGCCCUAGCUUAAGAUCCGGUAUGUUGACUAUAUGUAAUUAUGUUGAGAAUAUGUCAUUAGUCCAGUGUAGACCUCCCCUAGUUGUGAUAACGAGAGAUGUUUUGAGGAGACAAUUCUAGAAGGAUAAAGAAUCUGAUUCACUACGUCGACCUACAGAUGUGGUCAAAUAUAUUGGCACCCUUGCACUUUACAAUGGAGGUGCAAUGGAGCAGAAUGUUGAAUGGCUAUUUUUACCCUGUAGGCACCUGAAACUUAAAUAAAUUACACAGUAAUGGAGAAUCAUUGCCUCCAACCAAAUUAUACUGAACAAAAAUAUUAACGUCAAAUGAAAGAUUUUACUGAGUUAGAGUUCAUAUAGGAAAUCAGUCAAUUGAACUAAAUUAAUUAGGCCCUAAUCUAUUUAUUUCACAUGACUGGGAAUAUAGAUAUGCAUAUUUGCUCACAGACACCAUUAAAAAAGUAGGGCAUGGAUCAGAAAACCAGUCAGUAUCUUGCCUCAUGCAGCGUGACACACAUCCUUUUCAAAAGUUGAAUCAGGCUGUUGGUUGUGGCCUGUGGAAUGUUGUCCCACUCCUCUUCAGUGGCUGUGUGAAGUUGUUGGAUAUUGGAGGGAACUGGAACACGCUGUCGUACACGUCAAUCCAGAGCAUCCAAAACAUGCUCAAUAGGUGACAUGUCUGGUGACUAUGAAGGCCAUGGAAGAACGGGGACAUUUUCAGCUUCCAGGAAUUGUGUACAGAUCCUUGUGAAAUGGGGCUGUGCAUUAUCAUGACCAUCGUUCUCAGGAUUUCAUGUGGGUUUGGGUAGUUCAAUAAUAAGAGGCUGUAAUGUGGUGCAGAGGGUGUUAAUCAGUGAGGGUGAUAUGUCUGUCCUACAUUGGUCCAACAUCAUUUCAUUGAAAUGAGGUGGAAACAAUGUUGAUUCAACCAGUGUGCCCCCAGUGUGUGAGAACUUUAACGACCAACCGUCAAUAUCAAAUACUCAGGCACUUCCCUUGACCUCUUGGUAGCAUAUGUUUUGUCAAUACCAGUGGAGGCUGCUGAGGGGAGGACGGAUAAUAAUAAUGGCUGGAACGGAGUGAACGGAAUGGCAUAAAACACAUGGAAAUCAUUGGUUUGGUGUUUUUGAUACCUUUCCACAUAUUCCGCUCCAGCCAUUACCACGUGCCCGCCUUCCCCAAUUAAGGUGCCACCAGCCUCCUGUGGUCGAUACACAAAUCUCAAAAUCAAAACGGUUGAACCUCAGAUUAUUUCUGUGUUAGACUCAGUAAUAGUUACAUGUAGAGCAAUGGGUGGCAGAAUUCUGUUGAAACCUUUUGGGACCUGUUGGGACCUGUUGGAACAAAUGGUGAGACAGUGACAGAAGUAAGACGGAGAGCUGAGGGACAGAUAGAGAGGGACUGUGGUGCUGAACUGUGACUGACAUAUAGAGAGGGACUGUGGUGCUGAACUGUGACUGACAUAUAGAGAGGGACUGUGGUGCUGAACUGUGACUGACAUAUAGAGAGGGACUGUGGUGCUGAACUGUGACUGACAUAUAGAGAGGGACUGUGGUGCUGAACUGUGACUGACAUAUAGAGAGGGACUGUGGUGCUGAACUGUGACUGACAUAUAGAGAGGGACUGUGGUGCUGAACUGACUGAUGCACUUAUCUCUCCACGCUACUUCACACAUUAUUCAGCUCAUUGCUUUCUCUCCCUCCCUCUCUGUCAUCCUCUCUCUUUCCCUCCCUCUCUCCCUCCCUCUCUGUCAUCCUCUCUCUUUCCCUCUAUCUCCCUCUCUCUUUCCCUCCCACGUUCAAUUUUAGGAUCAGCCCUGUCAAGUUUAGCUAUCCUGUCAACCUUAGAACAUUUUAGACCAAAUAUUGUUUCCACUGUUAAUGGAAAUAUAGAUGCCGUGAGUUCCUCCAAAGACAUGAGAAAAUAAGAUCCUUGUUGUCGUUGAGCCAAAGUGAAUGGAAUGUGGAACGUUUCCUUAAAUUAGCCAUGUUCCAGAUAAAUAAACACAAGGAUAAAAUGAUGGGAUGUAUAAUUUCAUAUAUUUAUUUAUUCUAUGGGAAUGAGGAGGAGUACAUAAAUGAGUUACCGAUAGUUAGAUCAGACCACUCCAUUAGCUGAACCAUUUCUGGUGUUGGUCCCUAUAUGCACAAAUAUGCAGUAUUUAACAGAUAAAAGCAUGAAAAAUUCCAUGCUUUGCAUUUGUGAUUUUAAACUUAUUUGAGUUAAAAUCUCUUGUUAUUACUUGAAUUUUAAGCGAUAGAAAAACCAAAGUAAGAUAAAGUUAAAGUUCUCCACCUUGCAGGCCAUGCUCCUGUUCCUGACGGAGAUGAGUCAAGGCUGAGAUGUCAGAUAGAACUGCAGAUGUGAUUUGGCCUAAAUUGAGUUCCGGUAUGUGAGAAGAGUUGGCUAGAGGGAAGUCACAAAAUAACUGCAGAAACAAGGCGUAGCACCAGUCCUAGCUGUAGCUACUGUGACACUUCAAGGGCCAAAAAACAACAUUUAGCAAUAUGAAUAAUUGAACAAUCUCAGUUCUCAUCCUCUUUAAAGGCAAUAUCAGCAUUCUAGGCUACUAAAUAUAAUGAGGGUUGUUUUUUCUGCUUUUAUCCAUUACAUUUUUGGAUGUCUUAGUUAUUUUAGAUGAUCCUAUGAUUUAUAUAGAAUUCAUUAUAUUGUUAUUCAUUUUGUUAUUACUGUAUAGGGAAUUUAACCCAAUAAGAUGUAUUUCUGCACUGAUUUCUUAUUAAAGUGUACUGAUCUGCA